UAGUAGAGAUUGGUAGAGAUUUCUAACCUAAUUUCUAGAGUGUUCGUAGUUAUUGUCACUCUUGUCAUUUUGUUGAUAUAUUUGUCAGUGUGCGUGACUUUCAGACCGAAAAAAUGAGUUUUGGAUUGCCAUCUAUCAUUCCUAAAUCUACUAAACCUGAGCAGUUCGACAUUAAAGGUGGAGCGAACUAUGAUAUACCUAAUCCUAUGACAUCAGGUCUAUCAGCAAGUAGACAAAGUGUUGGUUAUGCACAUCCUUUGGAAGCUUCAGAAAAAAAUUAUAAAAAAAAUCAGGAUCGCAUGGACAUGAUAUUACUCAGGAAUACACAAGGAUUACACGCACCAUUGCGUAUGGCUAUGGAAUUGAAGGCUACUGAGAAGAUUGGAAGACUUCCAUUCUUACCAUCAUCUAAUAUGAUGCGAGAUGUUUUGCUUGGACGAGAUCAAGACAUAGGAUUUGAAGAUAUUUUCAAUAUUCCUGAAUUCAGGGAACAAAUGGGACAGCCGCAUGCUGUUGUAGAAAAUCAUCUUGGAAUGUUGUAAAAGUUAAAUUCGCAAAAAUUGCAUCUUUUAAUAAAAAAAUAAAAAUUUAU